AUGAUAAGAUACCAGCGCAAUCUGUUAAUCUCCAACGAUGGGGAUGAUGUGCGAUGUGAUUGCUAUUCUCUUGAGACAAAAGGAAUUCCAUGUAGACAUAUUUUUAUUUCAUUGAAGAAUUUGGAGAGAAGAAGUUUGCCAAUUUGUUUGGUAAAUAGACGUUGGCUAAAAGAUGCUAAAGAAGUUCAACUGUUAACUCAAGGUAAAGAAAGAAAGUGUCCUCAUCCUAAAGUUAUUGAAAAUUCUAGGUACGGUGGUGUAACCACACAAACUACUAUCACGUCGUACCUUGCUACAAGAUCGCGAGAAGCAUUUCAAAAUGCUAUGAAAGUUAUAUCAGAGUUGAAUGCAAAAUUUGAAAAAAUGCCACCAGAUGAAGAGUUAAAACAUCCUCAAAAUGAUGAAGGAGUAUUUCCUAAUAAUAUUUUGGACUCUCAGAUUAAAAAAACAAAAGGCAGACCAACUACAGUCAGUUUAUCGAAAUCAUUCUCUGGAGGUGCAAAGAAGAGAAAACCAAAAAAAUUGCUAUUACAUUGCAAGUAUUGUGGUGAGGUUGGACAUGAUUCAAGGAAUUGUCCUAUGCAGCCAAAGUCCGCUACAAAGAAAAAUGGUCAUUCGAAGAAUAAGAAGAAAAAAAUCAAUCCAUGA